UUUAUUAAAAUAAAAUUAUGUUAGUAAAACUCUGAAGUUUGACCUUCUUUGUUAGUUCGAUCGGUCAGAUCGAUUUUUUUUCCUCUCGUAUACUUUGAUUUGAUUGAGUCGUCGUCUACUUCGUCGAAAGUCUCCUCUGAAAUCUUGGUUUCGCAACAAUAUUUUCUUCCUAAACAAUAAUUUCUUGAAGUGUUCAAGCAUUGUGAUCUCUCAUGGCUUCUUCUUCUUCUUCUUCGUCUUGCAUCAAGAGAUACCAUGUCUUUCCGAGCUUCCAUGGUCCAGAUGUUCGUAAAGGGUUUCUCAGUCAUUUACUCUAUCACUUUGCAAGCAAAGGUAUCACGACUUUUAAUGACCAGGAGAUCGAGAGAGGCCACACGAUCGGACCUGAGCUCGUGAACGCAAUUAGGGAGUCCAGAGUCUCGAUAGUGUUGCUUUCGAAAAAAUAUGCUUCUUCAAGUUGGUGUUUAGAUGAACUUGUGCAAAUCUUCAAGUGCAAAGAAGAUCACGGGCAGAUUGUGAUGACCAUUUUUUAUAGAGUUGAUCCGUCUGAUAUUCGGAAACAGAGCGGAGACUUUGGAAACACAUUCGAGAAAACUUGUCAAGGGAAAAGUGAGGAGAUGAAGCAGAGAUGGAGCGAAGCUUUGACUCGUGUUGCAAAUAUAGAAGGAGAACAUUCUUUUAAUUGGGCUAAUGAAGCAUAUAUGAUACAAAAGAUUGCUACAGAUGUUUCAAACCAACUGAAUCUUACUACACCUUCAAGCGAUUUUGAGGGGAUGGUGGGGAUGGAAGCUCACUUGAGAAAUUUGAACUCUUUGUUAUGCUUGGAAAGUGAUGAAGUGAAGAUGAUUGGAAUUUGGGGUCCUGCAGGGAUUGGUAAGACUACCAUUGCUAGAGCUUUCUACAACCAAGUCUCUUGUAGUUUUCAACUUAAAUGUUUUAUGGGGAACCUCAAGGGAAGCUUUAAGAGCAUAGUGGGUGUUGAUGACUAUGAUUUCAAGUUGUAUCUGCAAAACCAACUUCUGUCUAAGAUUUUUAACCAAGGGGAUAUGAAGACAGAUAAUUUAGGCGCAAUCAAAGAAUGGCUACAAGAUCAAACCGUGCUCAUCAUUCUUGACGAUGUAGAUGAUCUAGAGCAAUUAGAGGGUUUGGCUAAAGAACUUUCUUGGUUUGGUUCCCGAAGUCGGAUCAUUAUUACCACCGAAGAUAAAAAGAUUUUGAAGGCACAUGGGAUUCAAGAUAUCUACCAUGUGGAUCUUCCAUCCAGGAAAGAAGCUCUUGAGAUCUUAUGUCUCUCUGCUUUCAAACAAACUUCUAUACGAGAUGGUUUCGAAGAGCUUGCAUAUAAAGUAGCAAAGCUUUGCGGUAAUCUUCCAUUAGGCCUUUGUGUUGUGGGUUCAUCUUUGCGUGGGGAGAGCAAGCACGAGUGGGAACUUCAGUUAUCUAGGAUCGAAACUAAUCUUGAUGGAAAAAUUCAGGACGUAUUAAAAGUUGGAUAUGACAGAUUGUCGAAGAAAGAUCAAUCUCUAUUCCUGCACAUUGCAUGCUUCUUCAGGAAUGAUGUCGUUGGUCAUGUGAUAUCUAUUCUUUCUGACAGUAAAUUGGAUGUUGGAAAUGGUUUAAAGACCCUAACCGAUAAAUCUCUCGUGUAUAUAUCUACCAAUGGCCAUAUAGUAAUGCACCAUCUACUACAACAAUUGGGUAGACAGAUAGUUUUUGAACAAUCUGACGAGCCUGGGAAACGUCAAUUUUUAAUUGAGGCAGAAGAGAUUUGUGAUGUACUGAUAAACGAAACAGGUACUGGAUCUGUCAAAGGUAUAUCAUUUAAUACAUCCAAGAUCGGAGAGGUUUCUGUAAGUAAGGGGGCUUUUGAAGGAAUGUGUAAUCUCCGGUUCCUAAGAAUCUAUGGUAUGUUAGUUGGCCAAGGUACUUUGCAAAUACCAGAGGAUAUGCAGUAUUUACCUCGUCUUAGGUUACUACAUUGGAAUCAUUAUCCGAGAAAAAUUCUUCCUCCAAGAUUUCAGCCAGAACGUCUCGUGGAACUCCAUAUGCCAGACAGCAAUCUCGAGAUGCUGUGGGGAGGAAUCCAGCCCCUUCCUAACCUCAAGAGCCUAGAUUUGAGCUAUUCCUUUAGAUUGAAAGAAAUCCCAAAUCUUUCAAAUGCUACGAAUCUCGAGACAUUGAAACUUAUGUAUUGCUCAAGUUUGGUGGAGCUUCCCUCCUCUAUUUCGAAUCUACACAAACUGAGUAAGUUGAAGAUGUGGAGUUGCACAAAGUUGCAAGUUAUUCCAACCAACAUCAACUUAGCGUCUCUUGAGAAAGUAGACUUGAGUUAUUGCUCGCGAUUAAGAAGCUUUCCAAAUAUAUCGAGUAACAUCAAGACUCUCGCGGUCGGAAAUACAAAGAUAGAAGACGUUCCUUCAUCAAUUGUUGGAUGUUGGUCUCGUCUUGAAUGCCUUGAGAUUGGCAGCAAAAGCCUCAAGAGAUUAACACAUGCCCCGCUAAGUAUAACUUUGCUAGAUAUUAGCAAAAGUGAUAUAAAGAGGAUUCCAGAUUGCAUUGUAAGUCUCCCUUGGCUACAAAAUUUUACCGUGUACAACUGCAGAAAACUGGUGUCAAUUCCGGCUCUUUCCCCUUCCCUUGAGUCCCUAAAUGCAACCGAAUGUGUAUCUCUUAUUAGAGUAGAGAGAGUAGAGACAAAAGGAGAACGAGGACUUCCAAAAUAAUAUGU